ACUGUGUCCCAAGGCGAUGAGCUUAAGUGUUCCUGAAAGAAAGAAAAAGUGAAAGUCGUUCAGUCCUGUCCAACUCUUUGUGAUCCCAGGGACUAUACAGUCCAUGGUAUUCUUCAGGCCAGAAUACUGGAGCGGGUAGCCUUUCCCUUCUCCAGAGGAUACUCCCAAACCAGGGAUCAAACCCAGGUCUCCCUCAUUGCAGGCAGAUUCUUUACCAGUUGAGCCACAAGGGAAGCCCUAAGUGUUCCUAAAUCACCUAAAAUUCUAUGACUGGAUUUAUUUCUCCUGAUAGCCUGGAGCUGUGAGAUGGUGAGAUUCUAAAACCUGAAAUCCCCAAAGAGGUGUGGCUUCCUGCUUCCCAGCUUCCCUGCUUCCAGGGGAUCUGGCAGAGAUGUUUGAGCUGCAAAGAAGUUGAGAUUCUUCUCCUGGAGCUGAGUAAAACCUAUCCCUGACUAGUGAUCCCUUCCUGCCUCCCUGUCUCCCUCCCUUCCUUCUUUCCUUGGAGGUACUAGGCAGGAGAAACUCUGCUCUCCGUAGGCCCACAGGUCUUCUACUUACAUGACCCUAAAGUCUUGUAGGCUCAAGAAAUAAGGGUUCCACCUGUGAAAAUUUCUCUCAGUAAACUAGUGCAUGCAUGGUGGUGAUUCCAGGUAAAAGAGAUUCAUCCAUAGUCAGUAUAAUGGAAAAUUCUAAGACCUGUGACUCUUUUCAACAUGAACUUCAGGAUUACAUCAGAAAGCAGAGAGCCAGAGGAUUAAAGCCAGAGGUUUGCUUUAGAAAGGGGACAGAAGACUCUGCAUACAAAGAAAGUGACCACACAGCACCCAGACCUCCAGUUCUGGAGCAGGGCUUCCCUUUCAGGCAGCCCCACAAGUCCUGUGGUUCCUACAAAAGGCCGAAAACAGUGGAAAGCCACUUGUCCCCACUGUCCAGUAGUCAUCACUUGAGACAAAGACUGGAACCUGUUAGUCACUGUCAGAAAAAACACGACCAUUUCUUCAAUAACUGGUGGUUUCCAAGGCCUCCUGUGCAAGGAAUGACCACUGGUCCCCACGCCACACAACACAAAGAUGAGGCUAGCUGCAUCCCAGAGUACCUCACCAGCAUCCAUCAAGAUAGAGAUCAAGACAGAGGCUGGAAGAGAAGAUCCAGGGAAAAGGAAGGAGGAGGACAUGGUGGCAAGGAGCAGGCAGAGUGGAAGAGGAAGAACCACGAGGAUGGAGAUUCCUACAAAGAGAAUAGGAGGAAGGCCAAGGUGGAGCCAGGCAGCACAGAGAAGUCCAAACACAGAAAGAAGAGCACCCACGACUGGGACACCAGGAAGGAGAGGAGAAGGUCCAGUAGAGAGAAGAAGCAUCCUGGCAAACACAGCGCCCAAGAGUGGGACUUGUGGGAUGAAGCUAUCCUUGGCGGUUGUUACUGA